CCGCAAACAAAAAGUGUGUGUCGGUGUGCCAGUCAGUCAGAGCAUCGGGCCCCAUCUGCACGCCUCUCUCUCUCUCUUUCUCUCUCUCUCUCUCUCGCUCUCCCCCCUCUCUCUCUCUCUGUCUCCCUUUAUCCGUGCAGCUCUCUCUACCCCGCCCGGUCACUUCCAGUGUCGGCGAGUAUCUGCAGCAGCAGCAGCAGCAGCAGCAGCACUGUCACUAUCACCAAACACCGGGGGGGAAAUGUACUGACACUACGGACCAGACCGGGAGCGCACCACCAUCUCCAUCACCUCCAUCGCCUCCACCGCAUCCCUCUUUGCUUGUUUUCGGGGCUUUUUUUUUCUUCUUCGUCCUCUUCUUCUUCUUCCCGGGGGUGCACACGGGUUUUGAUUCGCAGCAUCGCUCGCAGAUUCGUUUGUGGAUUAUUAUUCCUCCUCAUCGACCGGAAAAGUGUGAAAUGGAGGAGUCCAGCUCUCAGAAGUUGGUGUGGGAUGGGGACGCCAAAGCGGUCCAGCAGUGUCUGACGGACAUCUUCACCAGCGUCUACACGACGUGUGACAUCCCAGAAAACGCCAUUUUCGGGCCUUGCGUGUUGAGCCACACGUCGCUGUAUGACAGCAUCGCCUUCAUCGCUCUGAAGUCCACCGACAAACGCACAGCACCUUACAUCUUCAGGGUGGACACCUCAGCGGCCAACAGCACCUCAGAGGGUCUGAUGUGGCUGCGGCUCGUCCAGUCCGCCCGGGACAAAGAGGAGCAGAACCUGGAGGCCUACGUGAAGAACGGCCAGCUCUUCUACCGCUCGCUCCGCCGGAUCGAGAAGGACGAGGAGCUGCUGGUCUGGUACGGCAAAGACCUCAUCGACCUGCUGCUGCUCAGCUCCAGCAGAGCCCCUGCCAAGAGCAAAGGUUCGUCCCACCACUCAUGUCCAGACUGCAGUCAGCGCUUCCAGUUCGAGUUCCCGUUCUUGGCCCACCUUCGAUUCCGUUGCACCAAAAGACUGCAGAGCAUCACGGGGGCCGACGAGGAACCCAGCAAAGAGAGCAGCACCGAGCGACCAAACACAACCCCGACCAGGACCAGCCCAAAGCUGGGCCGCUCUGAGGGCUUCAGCAGCUCUCAGGACAGCACCAAACCCUCCACAGACUUUCAUAACCUGGCCAGGGAUCUAGAGAACAACCGCACCAGCCCGCCGAGCGACAAGGAGGCUGAGAUCUGCAGCGAGAGCUCGGGGAAGAGGAAGUUCUCGGACAUAGAGGACAGGGAGUGCCGGGUGCCCAGCCAUCCACAGUCCAAGUCCAAAGAUGAGCUUGCAACAUCUGCGCAGAACUACAGAGGAGUCUACGGCCUGGAGGAGAACCACAGGUCCUUCUCACCGCCGGGCACCGCACAGAUCGGGGAGGGCAAGCGCAGUGCCUUCACCGAGGUCAAGAAGACGCCCCAGAACGUCAAACACCACAGCGGCAACAAAAACCUCCACAGCUCCAACUCGGAGAACAAAGACGGCGGUCGCCCCAGCAGCAAUCCAUCAGAGAAGCACCUCAACAUGAGGCAGGUGCUGUCGGAGACCCAGCCGCCCCAAACAUCACCCAUGGGCAGCGCAUUCACAUCUGUUAACCAAGGUGACGGAAAUGGUGGCGAGAGGAAGAGCGCCUUCAGCCAGCCAUCACGCUCCUCCUUCUCCCAGAUCUCACCGCUGGUGAUGCCACCCAAGCUGCUGGACUGCCACCCAGCGGUGGGUGACACCAUCUCCUCCAGCAGACUCUACCAGGCCGACCACCUUGCCGCCAAACUACAGGGCGCAGAACUGGGCGCCAACUGCCCCGUGCCGGGUGGCAUGGCUAAGCAGAACCCCUUCGUCUACGCCACGGCCUUCUGGCCCAAGAAUUCCGGGCCUAUUCAGCUUCAGAUGCCCUCGGCGCUCACCCUCCUGCCACCCUCCUUCACCUCCCUGUGCCUGCCGGCCCAAAACUGGUGCGCCAAGUGCAACGCUUCCUUCCGCAUGACCUCGGACUUGGUUUACCACAUGCGAUCCCACCACAAAAAGGAGUACGCCAUGGAGCCUCUGGUCAAGCGGCGGCGCGAAGAGAAACUCAAGUGCCCCAUUUGCAACGAGUCCUUUCGGGAGCGGCAUCACCUGUCACGCCAUAUGACCUCCCAUAACUGACUUUUAGAAAAAGGAGGGACUUUUUUAAACAAGGAGGGACUGUGACCCUGCCUGGAUUUAAGCAGUUCGAGAUAGGCCACUUAAAAACACACAAACACCCUCUUGCACUUGUUUUCACUUUGGACUAUGAUCUUCGAAUUCCUUUUCGGUCUGUUUACUUUUGCUCCCCUGUACAAAAUGUCAUGUUUUGGGUGUAUGCAAAUGCGUUUCGACUUCAAAAUGAAUCUAUUUAUGGAGCACUUAAAGGUUUGAGAAUAAGGGAAGAUUUAAAUAUGUGUAAAUGUACAGUAAGUUGUAUUUUAUAUCAUAUAAAUGCAAAUAUAGAGAAGAAAUACAAAUGUAGUCACACGUCAUGGUUUACAGCGCAGCAAGUUUUUUCAUGUCUACGAUGAAUAUGGACACAAAUUGGGGAUAUUAUGUCAGACUAUAUUUCAGAGUGCAUGUGAUAUUAAAAUAAUAUUGAUUUAAGAUGCAGUCUAUACAUUACGAUGUAAAUAAUUUGUUUUAUUUGAAAUACAAAGUGUAAUAUUUUGUGUCAGUGGGGAAUAGUUUCAGUGUUUCUUCCUUUUGCGGAAAUUUACUACUUGAUAGUUUAUCUAAUCAUGUUGAAUGCAUUGACAAUAAAAUAGCUUUAUUUUCAA